CGCGCGAGAAAACUCCGCACGAUAAUUGAAAGGAAAGAAAAAUGAGCAGGAACGCGAUCUCAAUAAAGUAAACUCUCUUUUUUUUUUUUUUGGUGCUUCUUUCCAACAGUAUGCACGUCAAACUUCUUGGUCCAGGGCUGUCCUUGAAGGACGCUACACUACAAGUCGAACCGCAAAUGACGGUCCGCAAGUUCCGUCAGCUUGUCGCCACCAUGCUGGAACUACCCACCAACGGUUUUCGAAUGAUCGCUCUAGGCAAGAUUCUAGAAGAUUUUUGCGCUGAUAAAUCACCUGCCACUUUGUUUGUCACCUAUCGCAUAAAGAACAACACUUCCGUAUUGAUUCACAAGAUCAGACGCGAGGAUGCGCCAUCAACCCCAUCAGAAGAAGCCGCUAACACGAAAGCAAAUGCAGACCAACUGCAAGAUGUCGAAACGAAUGAUGUAUCUACACAAACCCCCAUGGGUCCUAACGACGAUUACCAAUGUCGUACCUGUCACAACAACCCGCGCACAACCAAAUGCCGUGAAUGUGGUUGUCAAAAGUGUCUCAAAAAGUCAGGAAAUCCAUUGAUUUGCGAUGAAUGCGAUAUGUACUGGCAUAUAGAAUGCGCAGGUCUCGAUGCUGAGCCUACAGACGAUUAUUGGUAUUGUCCCAACUGCAAAAAUCAGGAUGUCGACGUGAUCGUUGGGUCCGGUAAAGGGGUCAAUAUGAGAAAUUCCAAGUCGGCUAAAAAACCUGCUGCUAUUCAAACCAAAGCUUGGGGCGGUGGCAUAUCGUGCUCGGGCAGGGACAGGGAAUGUGUUAUAGUUCCUAGCACACACGUAGGCGCCAUUCCUGGCAUUUAUUGUGGUCAACAAUGGGAGUAUAGAUUAAAGUGCAGUGAAUGGGGUGUACACAGACCACCUGUAGGCGGGAUUUCCGGUUCCACGGCUACCGGUGCUGUAUCUGUUGUCCUAUCCCAAGGCUACGCUGACGAUAAGGAUUAUGGCGACGAGUUUUUAUAUACUGGCAGUGGCGGCCGAAAUCUGGAAGGCAACAAGAGAAUGGGAAAGCAUGCUUCGGAUCAGGAAUUAACACGGUUUAAUCUCAGUCUCGCCAUGACCUGUGCUGCCCCGGUCGAUGCAAAGAAUGGUGCGGAAGCAGCCAAUUGGAAAGAAAGUCGUGCUAUUCGUGUAUGCCGCACCAAAAAACUGGCCGUCUAUCAUCCCGAAUACGCUCCGUCCGAUGGCGUACGCUACGAUGGAGUAUACAAAAUCGUGAAAUACUGGCCCGAAAAAGGUGAAAGUGGUUAUCGUGUAUGGCGAUUUCUGUUCCGGCGAGAUGAUCCAUCGCCUGCCCCCUGGACGGAAGAAGGCAAACGGUCCAUUGAACAGGCCGGUUUGCGUACCAUUAUGGCCGACCCUCAAAAAACCGAAAAUAAAAAACGCUAUCGAAUUCCAUCGCACAUCUCCAAGCUGAUGGAUCAAGAUGCGGAUGAUAAACGUAUCUGGGACGAAGUCAAAAACAUGGUAUUCUGGUCGGAAUACGAGUUUAUUCAUCAUGUCUUUGCCAAUGCUAUUGUUUGUCCGAGUGGCACAUGCGCUAUACCCAUCGUUGAUCCGGUGACUACACCUUGCGGUCAUAUAUGCUGCAAACAUUGUCUCAAACACAACGAAUCCUUUACUUGCAGCACGUGCCGCAGUGAUAUUUCCGAAUUGAGAGGCAAGAAAAAGCUGGUGAACGACGAUCUUGUGGCUGUAUUGAAAGCAUGCAACUGGGCGUAUGGCGUCAAUACAUCGUCCCCUCUACCCAAGGUAUCCAAGACAACCUCGGCCAAAAAGAAGGUAGUAGACGAUAGUCAUGACAAUCUGUUGUUGCCACCGGACUCUCCGAUACCAACCGCCGAAAAACGGGCUCGUUCGACAAAAUCGUGGUCAUUGAGAAAAAGAACGCGUUCUUGAAUAAUGUGUCCCAACUAUUCACUCUGUCAGAAUCUAUCAGUUUGCGAUAUUCAGUUUUUUUCCCCCGCUUCCUUCCUCCGUUUUAUCUGCAAUGUAUAUAACUCGAAAGAGUGCCUCCAUCUAAAAUUAACUAACACUUGGCACGGUUUAACAGCAUCGGGUCAAGAUGCGUUUUUAUAACAUUAUAAAGAUACACAAAAAUAGAAAUUAAAAAGAAAGUAGGUGAUUCACCUAAGCACAUCAUAGAAGUACAGUUUAAUUAAAAAAAUCUGGAUAAAAAAAUUUUACAAAUCAAAAAAGAGACCAGGUAAUGUUGUUAAAGUUAAUCAAAUAAGAGAGGAAACCAAAGGACAAAGAC